AUGUCUAAUGGUCCAAUGAGAAGGUCAUUGGAUAACUCUGGGUUAAAGAGUUCGCUAACUGUAUGUGAUAAUUGUAAAGAUGAAUUCUGUAGAAAAGUUUUAUUACAAUUAAAAAAUAAAAAACCAGAUAAUGAUACUAUUGAAGCUGAUAAUGGUGGUAAUAAAGUCAAAGAUGACAAUAAUUACAACAAUGAAGAUUUAGAUUAUAAGAGUGGAAAUUCUAAAGUUGAUUUAUUUAUUGAAGAAACACUAAAAAAAUCUGUAGGUUGUAACGAUUUUAUUGAAUGGAUUCCCAUUAAAAGAAUAAUCAACCUGCAUUUUCUUACCUCUGGUGGAAAUUCAGAAGUUUAUGGCGGCAACUGGAUGUUACCAGGUACUCAUUCUAAAACGGUUGUAAUCAAAGUUUUAAAAGAUUCAAAAAUUAUUAAUGAUAGGAUUUUAAAUGAGUUUAAAAUUCAUUAUAGAUGUUAUCUUGCCAACAAUAAUUUAAUAAUCCCAUUUUAUGGUAUAACAUAUCAUGGAUCUCAUAAAAAUUUUGCAAUGAUAUUAAAAAAAGCAGAACAUGGAGAUCUUAGGAAUUAUUUAUACAAACAUCGUUAUUUAACUUGGUCAGAUAAAUCAAAAUUACUUUUAGAUAUUGCAAAAGCUUUGAAUUCAAUUCAUCAAAUGAAAUUAGUUCAUAAAGAUUUCCAUUGUAAAAAUAUUUUAGUUGAUGUUGGAGCUAAAAUUUAUAUUGGGGAUUUUGGAUUAUGUCAACAUGAAGAAGAAAUUCAACAAGACCCUGGAAACAGUUUGCAUGUUGUUCAAGAAAAAGAAGAAUAUAUAACAAGAGCAGUAGACUAUACUUUAACAAUUAAGAGUAGUGGUAUUGUUCAUGGUCAUGCAGUGAUUGGGAAUAAUAUUGGUAGUGAUCGGUGGAUUAGUAGAGUACAAUCACCAAGGGAAGAAGAUGAAAGAUACAUUACUCAAAAAUAUAAUUUUAUUUGUGAAUGGAUAUUUACAGUUGCAAGUUCAAGUUACACGAGUGUGGUUUCGCAACUUUUACUUUGGAUUCAAAUGCAGUUAACUGGACACCCAAAUCAAAGAUCAGAUAUGUGA